UUUUGAAGCCACACCCUCUCAGUGACUGUGAGCAAACACAUAGAAGAGCUUCGAGCUCUUCCGAAUGGAAUACUACAAUAAAUCCUGGAUGUGAUUUUUGUUGGGGUAUUUUUUAAUCUCUUUUCAUCCGCUUCCUAACAAGAAAGGCGCGUACGCGGACGAACCCACACAGGAACUACCACCACCGUGAUGAGGAUAUUGCCCAAGUAGAUGUUCUUCUUUGAAAAGAUAUGGAGAUAUAUGUGUGGGCUAGUACUUUCAUUGCUUGUGUGUGCCGUAAAAAACGAAUAACUGCAUGUAGGUUUUUCGUCAAAGUUCGACUACUAAAAAAUGGUCACCUUUGAAAGUUGUCGUAAAACACUGGACUGAAUGCUGCCUUUCCUGUCAUUCUUCUCUCCACUUCCGGUUGGUGGUGGCCACUGCACUUAAUGGCUAAAAAUACUUAGAAAAAAAGUUUCCAGCUAGCUAGCAAAGCCUAGAAGAACUUUUGUCACUUUGAUGUAUACUUGUCUUCAACAGGUGCCCUUUGAAAGAGCUAAUGAUGUCAUUAUGAGGUUGGUCAAGAUCCUGCAAAACACAGGCUGUUUAGGUUACAUUGUGCUCUAACCAUGUGUUGGGAAACCACGUACUGCAUGACUGCAAGGCCUUGCGUUCAGAAUCUGUGCUAAUCCACAGCGCCCCUAAUCUACCCUCCACCCCGGACUAUGCUACAUCAAUUGGAUCCCUUAAACCACCUGCUGAUUGUCCGUCGCCCUUUUACCGGCGAACAUUUCAUUCAUCCCUGAUGAGCCAACAAGACAGACAGGAAAGGGAGCUAGGUGCAAUAAAGUACUCCUUUGUACUUUAUUUUCAAACCUGUGGGCUUCAGAGUCAAAUCCAGUCCAAGCAACCGCCAUGGAGCCGCUGAAGAACAUAUUCAGCAGAAGCCCGUUGUCCAGCUGGAAGAACUUGGAUCAAUCGCAGAAAGGCAGCUUUGCCAACCCUGUGUGGACGGCCUUGUUCGACUAUGAGGCGUCCUGCAAGGAUGAGCUCACCCUGCGCAAGGGUGACCUGGUGGAGGUUUUGUCGCUGGACUCUGAGAUAUCCGGGGACGAAGGCUGGUGGGCGGGUAAGGUGAACAACAAAGUGGGCAUCUUCCCCUCCAACUACGGGUCCUUCAAACCCAGCGGCUACGGAAAGCUGCCGGGCAGAGGAGUGGUUGGCGAGCUGGGGGAGUUGGAACCCGAGGUGGUGAACUUCCGUGAGCUCAGCCUGGAGGAGGUCAUAGGGGUGGGCGGGUUUGGUAAGGUGUACCGUGGCACCUGGCGAGGCGGGCUGGUGGCUGUCAAAGCUGCCCGACAAGACCCGGACGAGGAUAUCAGCGUGACGGCGCAGAACGUCCGGCAGGAGGCUCGUCUCUUCGCCAUGCUCACCCACCCCAACAUCAUCACCCUGAAAGGUGUCUGCCUGCAGGAACCCAACCUGUGUCUAAUCAUGGAAUAUGCAUCUGGCGGGCCGCUGAGCCGGGCGCUGGCCGGCCGACGCAUCCCGCCUCACAUCCUUGUCAACUGGGCCGUGCAGAUCGCUCGAGGGAUGCUCUACUUGCACAACGAGGCCAUCGUCCCAGUCAUACAUCGAGACCUCAAGUCCAACAACAUCCUUCUGGCACAGCCCAUCGAGAACGAAUGCAUGGAGGGCUUGACGCUGAAGAUCACUGACUUCGGCCUGGCCAGGGAGUGGCACAAAACCACCAAAAUGAGCACAGCUGGCACCUAUGCCUGGAUGGCCCCCGAGGUGAUCAAGUCCUCCACCUUCUCCAAGGGCAGCGAUGUCUGGAGUUAUGGUGUUCUACUGUGGGAGCUGCUGACGGGUGAGGCGCCCUACAGAGGCAUCGACGGGCUUGCCGUGGCGUACGGUGUCGCCGUCAACAAGCUCACCUUGCCCAUCCCCUCCACGUGCCCUGAACCCUUUACCCAGCUAAUGUCAGAGUGCUGGGACCAGGACCCCCAUCGCAGACCCAACUUUGGCUCCAUCCUGGCCCAGCUGACGGCGCUGGAGCAGCAGGUGACGGAGGAGAUGCCGCAGGACUCCUUCCACUCCCUGCAGGAGGACUGGAAGCUGGAGAUUCAAGACAUGUUUGAUGAGCUGCGCGCCAAAGAAAAGGAACUGCGCUGCCGUGAGGAGGAGCUAAAGCGGGCGGCAUUGGAGCAGAAGUCCCACGAGGAGUUCCUGCGCCAGCGUGAGCAGCAGCUGGCCCAGUGGGAGCAGGACGUUUUUGAGCGAGAACUCAGCCUCCUUAUCCUGCACCUCAACCAGAACCAGAAUCAGGAGAAGCCCAAUGUCAAGAAGCGCAAGGGCACAUUCAAGAAGCACAAGCUCAAGUCCAAGAACGGCGAGAAGAUAAGCAUGCCUCAAGAUUUCAUUCACAAGAUCACAGUGCAGGCAUCACCAGGCCUAGAAAAGAGGCGGAACUCACCCGAUUUGGGCUCAAGCUCCUCGCCUUCCUUUGGCCCGCGUUUCCGUGCAAUACAACUUAGUCCCAGUGACAGCAGCCGGACUUUUAGUCUGAGCCCCGUGUGGCCACUCGAGGCCCCAUCCCAUAAGCAGGCCAACGGGGACCUGAGAUUGAGCCCCCACUGGAGGCCCCAAAGCCCCAAAAGCCCCAAGAGCCCCAAGGUUUUGCGCCUGAGUCCUCAGGAGAGCAGUCUGUCCAUGAGAGCCAAGCUUCUGGUGUCCGACAGCAACGAGAACGGAGAGUUCAAGGACGACUUUGAGGAGUACAGACCCUCCACGCCGACCUCUCCCCCGGCCCACAACGGCUCCUCAGUGAAGGACAGUCUGCGGCUUCCACUUCCACAAGGAGAUUCAGGCAGUGACGAAGGGGGCUCCUCUCCAGCCGGCUCUCCCGAUCGGGGUCCUCUCACCCUAAUUAAGAGCACACACCGGGCACUGCUCGGCAGCGGCUCUCUCUUAGCCUCCAUUGGCUUGGGUCGCUGCUUGGACGUCUCCCCAAAAGUGCCUCCUCGAACUAAUCCUUCCUCCCUCGAGGAAUGUGCACCCUUUGACGUGGACAGCUCGCCUGCCAAGCCCCUCAUUCUUGAACCCCCCGUAGUGGACGACCUCAUCACCUUCACCCCCUCUGAGCCGCUUCCCAAACCGCUUCUGGAUUUAGCCCUGCAGUGCCAAGAAUUGAAGCCGCUUCCCCCACCUAACCUCCGCGAAAGGGGCGAGCCCAGGACGCAGCAGGUGCCCCCCAACCCUCAGGAUGGCGCUGGAGACGCGAGCCCCGUGGAGCAGAACUCCAGCUUCCAAUCCAGCAAUGGAGUUGUCACAUACAAUGUUUUGGAUCACAGAGGUGACCGGAGGAGGAGGUCCAGUCAAGGCCUUCAUGGCUCUCAACUUGUUCUGGAUCUGCCCCUGUGCCAAGAAACACAGGACAAAAAAAUCCCUACGCCCUACUCUCUCCACCCAAACCCUGCCCUCUGGAGCCCCAAAACCCGCCGUCUGGAGGUAAGCGUUACCCCGCGCCCUCGUCCCUCGCCCAUGCGGCAGCGCAUUGACCCAUGGAGCUUCAUCUCGGCUGGCGGCGGGGGUUCCACUGUCAACCAAUUGGACGGCGCCCUUCUAGGGUACCAGCCCUCCCCGACUAACCCAUUCACCAACUGCCAUCCCUUCCCUUCGCCGGACUGCGACCCCUUCGCCCUUCGCGCCGACCCCUCUGGUGCUAUGGACAGGGCGUCGCUCUUCGACCCCUUCUCUACGCCUUUUCCCACUUCCCGCUCGGCGCCGUGCUCCACCAACGGCUCGCCCACACUACCAUCGUUCCGCAUCGCGCCGCUGAACCCGGCCGACUCGCCGCUCAUCGACUUGGGUUGGGCGGUGUGCAGCAAGCCUCUGGACGGAACCAAAGAGAGAGCCCACCCUCGAAGGACCCUGGGGCUCAAACCCUUCAAGUCCCCGACGCAGCUUAGAGACGAUAGGUUCUAGAGUUCACAAGGAUUCUUGUAUCUUCAGCCAUCCCACCCGCCUGCUGCUUUGGAAUGUUGAAACGUUCCACAGGUCAGCGAAAUAGCUGGCUGUAAAGAAAUAGAUAAUUUUUUGUGUUUCAUUUGGAAACCCAUCAGUCUUCCCGUCUGCUCCCGUCCGUCUCUGCCAGCAACAACGCAGAGACUGAUCAGGCCACACCCCCCUACCUCUGAACAUCAGGACAUUUUGGAGUGCCUUGAUUUGUCAAGUGUUCUUUUUCAUCCACGUGAAAAAUGCUCGGAAUUGUUUUCCAAAGCAGGAAACAUGUCGAGCUUCAGCCUGCUGCCUUGUGGGAAUGAACACGCCCGGCACAAAGAACAGAAAGCUAUAACAUUCCCACACAACGCCCAUUGGACAUUGAGUGCGACAUCAGCGCCUGAUUAGAUAUGACCUGAUUAAGCUUACAAGCCCCAACCAAAAUGAUCCAAAGCAAGAAGUGAGGUUAGACGUGAUCGACCAUCUCAUGCCGGCUUUUUGUCACGUUGUUGGAAAUUGUUGCAUUGCCCUUGCGUUGUUGUUUUAUUUUUAUUUUUUACUCUUGUUGUUGGAGGUUUUCAUGUGCAUUCGGCUUGAAAAAGAAAAAAAAUCUUAUUUUGAAAGUCUCGCACUGGGCUGGGCCUAAUCAACUUUGUAUUGUGUGUCAAGAGGAUUCUUUCUCGACACAGUAUGUGAACAUAUUUUUAUUUUCUUGUCAAUUACAAAAGAUUUUAACCUGUGGAAAGAAAAAAAAAGACCAAAUAAAAUGUAACACUUUU